GAUACAUGUGAAUGGAUUCCGUUCUAUUCAUCUCACUCUUCUACUUGGUCGUCGCAAUAUUACAUUUAAAUUUAUGCAGGGCAGUCGAUAUUAUACAGCCAAACCAAGUUAUUACCGGUGGUGAGACUAUAGUUUCCUCAGGCCAAAGAUUCGAACUCGGUUUCUUUUCCCCGCCAGGCUCCAUUAACAAAUAUUUGGGAAUUUGGUACAAGCGUUCUCCAGAGACGGUUGUGUGGAUAGCCAAUAGGGAAAACCCUGUGGCUGACUCAAAUGGGAUCUUAACAUUCAGUAGUGAUGGAAAUCUUGUGAUCCUGAACAGCACGAAUGGCAUUAUUUGGUCACCAAAUUGUCCAAAACCAGGACAAUAUUCAAUUGCACAGCUUCUGGAAUCAGGAAAUCUAGUGCUGAUAAGGAAGAAGGAUAUGUAUGGACCAAGCUAUUUGUGGCAAAGCUUUGAUUUCCCAACAGAUACACAAUUACCUGGAAUGAAGAUGGGAUGGAACUUAAGCAGUCGACUGAAUCGAUAUUUAAGUUCAUGGAAAUCUGAAAGUGACCCGCGCCUGGAGACUUCACUUACAGAAUUGAUUAUCUCAGAACUCCCCAAC